CGCGCAGCGUCUGCGUCAACCUGCUACAGCGGAAGUGAAAGCUUCAGAAGAAAUAGUGGCUAGAUAAAUAAGCAUGUUCGGUAUUUUAGUAUUGCACGUUGUAAAUAUUUCCUACUAACAAAAAUGAAUGUUUUUAUCUGCGUCGUGUUGUUUCUCGUAAGUGCCGCAGCUGCUAGCAAAAGCGGGGACGAUGACUGGGUGCAUCUGCCAAAUAAAUGUGAAGUGUGCAAAUUUCUUAGUAUUGAAAUGAAGUCUGCAUUUGAAGAGACUGGCAAAACAAAAGAAGUGAUUGAAACCAACUACCGCUUCCUGGAUGACAAAGGUGCACCGCCAAUCAAAUAUGUCAAAUCUGAUAUUCGUUUCAUAGAAGUGGUGGAGAAUGUUUGCUCAAGGAUUAUGCAGUACAAUCUACACAAAGAGAGAGAUGGAAGUAAUCGCUUUGCAAAGGGUAUGUCUGAGACAUUCUCUACCUUACAUAACCUGGUUAAUAAAGGCGUGAAGGUGGUCAUGGACAUUCCUUUUGAACUGUGGAACGAGACCAGUGCAGAAGUGGCAGAUCUCAAAAAACAGUGUGACGUGAUGGUAGAGCAGUAUGAAGAAGUCCUUGAAGACUGGUAUAAAGGCAAUCAGGAGGAAGAUCUCACCACUUACCUGUGUGAAAAACAUGUGCUGAAAGGACAAGACACCAGCUGUCUUAAAGAGAACUGGUCUGGGAAAAAGGGAGACACGGCAGCUAUCGCAGAGGACAAGAAGAAAAAGAAGGGCAAAAAGAAGAAGGGUAAAGACAGCGAGGAUGGGCAGAAAAAGGAGAAAAAGGAGAAGAAGGUGAAGAAGAAGAAGAAAAAGUCCAAGCUGACUGACACUGAGACCAGCAAGCGGAAAACUGAAGAAGCUGGAUACACCUCAGAUGAGGAGGAGAUCCAGAAGAAAGUUCCUCUUAAUCAGGAUAAAACUGAACUCUGAUAGAUUUAUUUCUUUUUUUUUUUGUCUUUUUUUUCUGACACUUAUCUCCUUGAUAUCUAAAUUUAUGACUGAUACUGAGAUGUACACUGAGUUUUAGUCUAUUAGAAGAAGGUAAUAUUGAGGUCCUCAUUCUAGAUCACUUGUUACAUUAACUCCAUCCAGGAACAAGCUCAAAUCAAAUGCCAUUUCAAAUCCAAAAAUGGAAUCUAGACCAAUCAAACUAUACUGUAGCUUGGAUGUUUGCUUGUGUUUGUUCUCAUGCUGGUUUCAUGUCGGUAACAUUUUAAACAAGCUGAAAUCUUCCUUCCAGAAAAAUGUCGGCCUUUGGGGACUAGUGUUUUGAAUCAAUCAAGUUGGCAAGCUGUUGGAAUGGAUUCUGGAAAUCCUUGUCGUUCUCAUCUCUAUUACUCUGACUCAUCUCACUGAUUGUUUCCCCCCCUAAAAUUUAGUUUAGGUUAUAGAUUAUGAAUUUAGUUAAGCUGUUACUUUUAUUUGCCAUUGAUUUCAUAGUUAAAGAUCCUUCCUAGAUUCCCACUAGGGAAAUACAUACUUGGAGCUUUUUCAGUAUUAAUAUAAUUAGGUGGUGCAAAUUUUAAAAGCUAUAUAAAAAUAUCUGAUUUUUAUCUUUUUUCUGUGUAGGAAAAUAUUUUUAGGUUUACUUUUGUGAUGCAACAAAUGCAUAAAAGAUUGUGUUUUGUGAUUCAACAUAAACUGUUUUUUUUUUUUUUUCUAAAUUAAUUGUUUGUUUUUUUCUAUUCUUCUUCUUCUUCUUUUUUUUUUUUUUUUUAAGCUUGAACAGUCUGAACUUGGCAUCUCGUAAAGUCUCUUAAUUUCCCACAUUUCUCAUUUCAGUAAUGCAGAUAAUGGGAGAAACCCUGAGAAAAUACUUGGGACCUUUUCUUUCUUUCUUAUCCAAAUAAGGGUGUACCAUUUUUGCUCAAUCUGUUCAUAUUUGUUUUUGUUUUUGCAUUUUCUAUGUUUAUGUAUGUGAUGUCACUUACAGGGAAUGUUUGAGUUACAUUUUUAUUUAAUAUUUUCUUCAGCGGUAUUGUUUACUUAAGCUGUUUAUCUGAUAUCAGGCGUCGCUAUUUCCAAAAGCUGUGUGUGUGUGUGUGUGUGUGAACUCCUGCAGGUGUUUGUAUGCCUAUUCUGAUUACUGUUGUUUGGAGUGUGUGAAAGUUAUUGACCUGAGGUUGAACUGUGUAUGCAAAUGGUGUAAUGGGAGGAACAUGUGCAGGUUUUGUGUUUCUUGGCAGCAGCUCAUUAGCUGAGGCUUUUGAUAAGUGUUUGGUGAGGUGUAGAUGACUGAUGAAUAAAAGAGAAAACUGACAACAACUCUUGGGCUGAUUAAAAAAAAA